GCGCGCACGGCCACCACCACCGUCGCCGUCGCCGUCGUUGUCGAGCGCGUCGGCCUCAUCGCGGCCAGUGUAACCCGCGACGUCCGACCAUGCGCAGACGCCAGGACCACAGCUGCAGCCGGCACGUCGCGACGACACCGUGAAGAGACGAGAUAUGCGCGGCACUGCGCUAUUCGCCACCGUCACCGUCCUCCUAACCCUUUUGGUAUCGCAUUGCGCGAGCCGCCCUUGGCAUCAUCGGCGGCAGCAGCGGCAGAGACCAUCAGUGCCACCAACUCGACCGGCGGUGACGGCUGCCUCGAUUUAUGCGGAGUACGAUGAUCCGUCCGUGAUCGUCAACGGUCAGCCGUCCUCGCCAGAUCAGAGCCUGCUGCAGCAUGAAUCACCGGAACCGGAUUACGGGGAACCAGGGCGGAUGUUUGUGGAACCGGAACGGGUGUACGGGGAACCGGAACAGAACUACGAGGUGGAUGAGGCGGUUAGCGUGCUGAGCAACGGGCGAGUGCACGGCGUGCAGCAGCAACCGACGUCGACGGCCGCGGCGUCCGGGAGUUAUGACGUCAGCAGCACCGCCGCUAGUGACGACACCGAUAUAUCCAUCAACGGCUUCACCACCACUACCACGAGUACCACGACCACGACUCAGGCUAUGGAAACUCGGAAGAGCGGUUAUGUGGUGGACGGAAAACACUACAGGAAGUACAGGGUCGAGGAAGAGACGCCGGACGGGUUCAUCGUGGGCGAGUACGGAGUGGUCAGUCACCACGACGGCACCACCAGGGGCGUACGGUACACGGCUGACAGCAGCAUUAACCCGCGAGUCAUCUACGAAGCACUGGCCAAGUUUUUGGCCCUUAGGCGGUAGACUGUACCGCGCACGGACGACGGCGAACUGCCAGUUGGACGAUGUUCGGCCAACGCUGCAGCUGAUCGCACUUUAAAGAAUACUUAUUAUUAUAGUACAUAAUAAUCAUGAAUUAUAAUAUCAUGGUGCAGGUCGGUUCGCCGUCGUUCGAAAUUGUCUUUUUUUUUUUUUUAAAUACGAAAUUUCUAGUCAGGUUCUAUUAUACUUGUCGCCGUCGCCGCCGCCAUCAUCGUCGUCACCAAUCGCAGCCGGCUUCAAAACAAAUAAAUUGAAGACCAACAACAAACGUCGUACUCAAAAAUGAUAAUGAUGAUAAUGUUAUAAAUAUUUACGCGCGUGAAUUGUCCGAAUCGUUAUUAGUGCCAUUUUCCGAUAACAGUGUGACGAAACUAUACGUAUAGAAGAUGUACUCUCACUCGGUGUACCUAUACAUAUUACAUAUAAUAUAUUUUUACUGUGACUGAAUGAAAAUUUGGAAAAAUGUAGAUUUAUAUAACAAUAAAUAUUAUGUUUCAAUCGAAAUAAAUGUGCGUAACACACUACACAAUA